UCUACCCGUGGAAACACCCAGCUGUACUCGGCGAUCACCCCUGUCGUGCAUAAUAUACCAUCGGUACAAGCCAAGUAAAAUUGGUUGACCUGUUCCACUUUGGAUCCGUUCCUUUACUUUACAGCGAAGGAUGAACAAAGGCGAACCUGACAAAGUGCUAAGUGUUUGGAACAGGAUACACUCUGAUUUCUUUUCUUUCAAGUCUUGGUUUUGGUUUUGAGAAACAAUUAGAAGGCAAUGGCGGAAACGACAGUCGAGAAACUAAUCGAGUCAACGAAAGAUGUACAUAUGAACUCGUUAAACAAUGGAUGUAGAAGAAAAAUAGGCAUGUUCAUGGACCCGGAAGGAAGUCUUAUCCCAGACUCGGACAUGUUCAACGACUGGUGUGGUUGUGCUGAACUUUUGAACUUCUCACAACUGGAAAUAGAAAACAUGAAACGUCGGAAGAGUCCAACACAGGAAAUGCUCCACUUGUGGAACACCCGGAAUGACCCAGAACCAACAGUUGGGAACCUCCUAAGCUUCCUCUCUCAGCUUGAAAGGUUUGACGUUAUUAGCGAAUGUCGUCAAAUGAUAGAAAGAGAUGUUGAGAAGUGGAAACAAAAUCAACAAAGUCUCCAGCAAGAUCCGAGUAGUCCUUCAUCUCCUCCACCGGACAAAAUAGAAACUGUAUCGGAUGGUAAGUGUUAG